CAAAGAGAGCAAAAGAGGGGAAGAAGGGAAAGCGAGGAGAGGAAGGAAAGUGCUCGUUGGUCCUCAGGAUGGCUCAUCUUUCCUGCCGCCGUGGAUGACUAAACUGGGACCAGACAUGCUGCUUCUCAUCGCCGUCAUCGGUUGCCUGAUGGCUGCUAUCUCAGGUCAGACCACCAUGACCCUUCCUACCUUGUCUGAAAAACUGGACGAUGUCCACAGCAUGGGAAACUUGACAUCAGAUAUUGGAAAGAAGACUGUCCGUCUGGUGAAUGGCACUGGCCGUUGCAGUGGGAUGGUGCAGGUCAAGAUUUCAGGGUCCUGGCAGCCUGUCUGUGAGGACUCCUGGAACAACAGUGCCAGCCUCUCUGUCUGCAGGGAGCUGGACUGCAUGGGGACGGAGCCAACGGUAUCUGCCGUGACUCCAGGCCCAGAGGGACCAGAGCACCUCCCUGUGGGGAACAAGAGUGUGGUCCUCAAUGACACGUGGGGCUCCCCUCUGCCUGUGGUCUGUCACCAGGGGAAUUGGCAGAGCUGCCAGGUACAGUCCAAUGUGUGCAACAGCAGCAGGCCAGCCAAGAUCAACUGUACAGACUUUCUGAGUUCCAAUAUGUCACUGAUUUCCAAGACGACCUCAAGACCUCAGUUACCCACAACUGGGGGCCUCUUGCUUCCAGAAUCCUUUGUGACGAUUGGAAUGCAAAAGGAGGAGUGUCGUGAGUGGCUCCUCCUCAUCUUCUGCAUCAUCCUGGGGAUUCUCCUCUUGGGGUCACUUACUGCUCUGACUUUCAUAUAUCUGAAGGCUAAAGGAAAAUAUGCACUCCCAACCAUGGAAAAUCAUAAUCAGCAGACAUCCACGGCCACCCUCGGAGGGAACAAUAGCUACCAGGAGGUCUCUAUCACCAGCCCCAAAGAAGAAGGUAGAAUUCCAUCCACCUUGAAGUCGGAGGGCUUACCCAGGGUCUCCCUGCAGGUGAGAGCCCCACCCUCGAAGGACUCCGACUCCGACUCUGACUCUGACUCUGACUAUGAACGCUAUGAUUUCCACACCCAGCCCCCAGUGCCCCUCUCCACCUUCUAUAACUCCCAGAAGCACCGAGUGACUGAGGACAUGGUCCAGGAGAGCAAGUUCAGGAUGCCCCCACUGCAGGAGGAUCCUGCCGUCCCAGCUCCUCAGAAUUACCCGAGGCACGACAGCGAGUCUAGUACGUCUUCUGGAGAAGGUUACUGUAAUAGUCCCACUAGCAGGCUGCCUCAGUCCAACUUCCCAGGCUUUUCUUCAGAUAGAAACCACCUCCUGGAGCAGCCUCCUAACCUGGAGCUGGCUGGCUCCCGGGCCACACUGCCUGAUGCCAGCCUCCUGGCUUCUCAGAAUUCCCCAAGGCACAACAGCGAAUCCAGCACCUCUUCUGGGGAAGAUUACUGCAACAGUCCCACCAGCAAACUGCCUCCACCCAUCUUCCAAGGCUUUUCUUCAGAAAAGAACAUCAUGGAGGUCCCUCCCAACCUGGAGCUGGCUGGGUCCCAGGCCACUCUUCUUGGAAGCCACUCUAGAAUUGUUUCAGCAGGACCAGCGGCUGAGGACAGCUCCAGCACCUCCUCGGGGGAGUGCUAUGAGAACUUCGGCUCAGCCCAGGAACCUCCCAUGGCAUCCUUUGUGUGCCCAGAGCCACCUACCCCAGCAGUCACGGGCAGUCAUGAAGAUGAUUCAUCUAGUGAAGACUAUGAUGACAUUGGAGCUUCAUAGAGCAAGACCCAGAGAAAGAGGGAAGGAUGCCUGUUGAUUCCAGCACCAGCUGCCCCCCAUUCCUGCCUCCCUGCCUUCAAGCCUCCUGGAUCACCCAGAGUCACAAAACCAUACAGAUUCAGAUCUGGGAAUCUACCAAUUUGGAGCAAAAAAAUCCCAUUCCCUACCCUGAACUAAUCAGUCUCCCGCCUGCUGCUCCUGAGCCUCAAACCAAUUAAUAUCAGCUAAUACGUCUUGACCCUUGCCCCCUGAGUCCACAAACCUCAGGCAGCCUGUACCUCAGUGGAUGGUGGGAAUAGAAUCCCAGAUCUGGAAAGAACCUCAGCAACCAUCUACUCUGACACAGACUUGACCAAAAAUCUUUUCUAUGACAUUGCCAACAAAUGGUCAUCUAGCCUCCACUUGAAAAUCUCCAGUGGGGGGGACUCUGCUACCUCCUGAGACAGCUCAUUCCACUUUUGGACAGCUCAACUUCCUAUGAAGUUCCUCCAGACAUCAAGCCUAAAUUUGGCACUCUGAUCCCUACCCCCACCCCCCACCACCAUUGCUCCUCAUUCUGUCCUCUGGAGCCAAACAGAACAGUCCUUCUACCAAAUGACAUUGAAGAGUUUUCAUGUCCUCUAUGUCUUCUUUUGUCGAAUGUAAAUGCACCAAGUUCAUUCAGUUGGUUCUCAUGGGGCCCCCUUGCCCUUCUAACCCCUUCUCCUCAUGCUGGUGAACUUCCAACACCCCCUUCAUUGCCUAGGGAGGUCUUCAUUCUCAGGCUGGUUGUCCUCAAGUUGUCCCCAUAGUAUCAUAGGACAAAGUCUUGAUUUUGAAUCAGAGGAUCUGGGGUUGGAUCCUGGAUCUGUUACUAUCUAUAGGCCCUUGGGCAAAUCAAUUCUCUCUGAGCCUCAGUCUUCUCAUCAAAAAAGGGGGUUGAAUUAGAUGAUCUUGAAUAUCCCUUUGAUAUUUUGAUCUAAAUCUAAAAUAUCUAAAUAUUUGAUCUAAAAUCUUUUGAUCCAAAUCCUACAAUUUAUCAUCUCUAAGAUGCUGGCUGUUGCCCUUUUCCCAAGGUUUUCCAAACUCUCCCUAGAAUAACAGUAGCUGCUAAGCACAGCAGAGGCCACAGCAGGAGCCAGACCUAUGAGGAAUCUCCUCAGGGAACUAUCCCUGGGCACCCCAAGAUGCACCAAUGGCUUCCUGUGGUGACUUUGUCUUCUAUCUGGGAGACAGACUGCUUCGCCCCAGCACACUGUCAGCUCCCCAGAGGCAGGGGCCAUGUGCCUUGGCCAGAGGAUGGAUUCUAGUGAAUGCUGAUGGAGGAAGCCUGAGACAGGAACCCAUAACUCUUUCCCAUCCCUCUCCAGAUGAGAUUUACAGAGGGGAGUUUUAUUCUCCAUUUGGUUAAAAAAGAAGAAUAAAGCUUACAGAGAGAUGACCAUUGUACACGGGUUCCCCCUCAAUCCCUGGACUGAGUCCCAAAGAAGCAGGAGAAGAGACUUUGGGUCACUCAUUCCUGACCAUACUCUGAGAA